AUGCAGCAAACGAGGCUUGGCAUUGGAGUAGUCCCGCGCAUGCAGGCGUGGAACACCCGUCAGAUGGCCAUCUCAGCUCUCACCUCCAAGGUCCUGACCGAGACGGGCUUCGGCAAGAUCGGCCUCAUCUGCCACUCGCAGGGCAUGACAGAAGCCUUUCUGAGCGUCUUCCGCGCGUUCUCCCCCGCCGCAUACGCCGGGCCGCUGAUCGGUAGGAUGCACUUCAAGAUUGUGCGGCUCCUCUCCCCGGCACUGUUCCGCAUCAUGUUUGGCAUCCAUGCCUUCAUCCCAUUCAUGAUGCAGAUGCACCGCCUGCUGCCUCCACGGCUCCACGGCUGGCGCGGUUACCACGUGUUCUCAGUCCUGUUCGACUGGUCCGACGCCCGCCGGGACCGUGGCCUGCGGAACCGCAUGUUCCAGUUUGCGUCCGUGUACGUGAGCGCCGAAUCGAUGCGUUGGCGGCUAGGUCGGGAGUGCUUCGCGAGGCACAAGCGCAUCCCGACGACCAGGGAGACGGCGCAAGAAGAGGACAGGGUGGACAAGGCGAGCGCCGAGGCCGAGGGUUCACGCGCCGACCUGUCGACAGACUCCUCGGCGGACAACAAGCCGGCGGGCGCGACGGCAUGGUACGACGCGCGGGUGCCUCCGUUUGCCCUGUGGGCGUGCGAAAACGAUGAACUUGUCGACGGUAAGCGACUGCCACGUCGCUUUGAGAAAGGCAGAGAACCGUACGUCCGCGUCGUUCACAGCAAGGUCAUUGACGGUUACGAACACCUCGAUCCGCUCCGGGCCAUGGGCGCCAUUGACCAGGUCUUACGGAGAUUCGGAAAGUGCUCUGGAUGA